AUGCUCCGGCGCGCCCUCGCCAUCCACCCUCUCUUCAAACAACCACUAAUGACCUCACCACCACGACCAAAAGCCGAAUCCCCCAAACCACUCUUCAGCGGCAACAUAAGACCAAGUCUCCAAACCUUCACCGAAGAAGCCGCAAUUCCAUCCGCCCACAGUCGCAUCCUCCCCGCCAUAAAACACGAUCACCUCGAACUGGAAGCCCACAGUAACAAAAUCCUCUCCUCAACAGACCCAGACGAACAAACCCGCUUUCAAAACCAAUUUACCUGGGAAUUAUCCCGCCAUCUAAUCGGCGAGGGACUUGUCGUCUAUCCAGCCCUGAUUGACUCUCUCCCAGACGGCCAGGGAAUAGCAGAUAAAAACAGACUCGAGCACCAUGGUGUUAAGCACCAGUUGAAAUCGUUUCAGGGUCUUUCAUCUACGGAUCCGAGGUUCUUGCCGACGCUUGAGGGACUCAUGCGGGAUUUGGGGAUUCAUGCGAGACAAUGA